ACACUUGAAGUAUUUGAGGAACGGGAACAAAGAAAUCAUUGCAUUUAAAUUACUGCAAGAUUUCUCGCUGCAGACGUCCAAAAGCAUUUUGCACCGCUACUUUCUCUUUCACGCGCUUCCACCUCACGCACCGGGAUUCCGCGCAGCGCUCGAGGAUACAGGAGGAGGAUGCGGGUCUCCGGGAUUCAUUCAGGCGCUUUCCUUCUGCAUGUCCUCCUGACCGUGGGAUGUGUGCCUUUGCAUGGGAGACGAGGACUUAGCGUGCACAAAGAGCCGACGGGUUGGCCCCAGAAUCCUCAUCCACACUACGAGAAGAGGAAAGGCAGGGUUCCUCACCUUCAGGACACAUUUAAACCUCAAGCAUGGCCAAAAGGAGAACUACAGCUAUCCACCCAACUCAGGAACAGUUUGGGGGCUGCAGGUCCACUGCGCUGUGGGGUCCCAGACUACCCAGGUCAGAGAGAAGUGCAUCUCAGCAGACGCCACCGGCAAAAACGCUUCGUGAUUUUUGGAGGACGCUGGCCAAAAACUGACCUCACUUACAAAAUCCAGCGCUUCCCGUGGCAGAUGAGUGAGGAUAAAGUCAGACGGGUUCUACAGGAAGCUCUCAAGGUCUGGAAUGAUGUCACACCACUCACCUUUACUGAGGUCCUUAACCAAGAAGCCGACAUAGUCAUCGACUUCACAAGGUACUGGCAUGGUGAUAAUUUGCCCUUUGAUGGCCCUGGUGGGAUCCUGGCUCAUGCUUUUUUCCCAAGGACGCAUCGGGAGGGAGACAUCCAUUUUGACUAUGAUGAGUCCUGGACUGUAGGAAAUGAACUUGGAACAGACCUUCUUCAGGUAGCGGCGCAUGAGUUUGGUCAUGUUCUGGGUCUGCAGCACUCUAUGGAGCCUGGAGCCAUCAUGUCCCCGUUUUACAGCUUCUCCUAUCCCCUCCAGCUUAGUGAGGAUGACAAGAAAGGGAUCCAAUACCUCUACGGCCCCCGGCCACAAGCCUCGCCCCAAAUCUCUACAGAAACCAAUGAGAUUAUCAGCAGUGCACCUGACGCUUGUCGCACAGACUUUGAUGCUGUGUCUAUAAUCCGUGGGGAAUUGUUCUUCUUCAAGGCCAGCUAUGCCUGGCGCAUCAGGGAGGGCCGUUUGCAGGCGGGAUACCCUGCCCUGGCCUCCCGACACUGGAGGGGCAUUCCAGAGAACAUAGAAGCUGCCUACGAAGACAAAAAUGGCAAUAUCUGGUUCUUUGAAGGUUCAAACUACUGGGUGUUUGAUGCAGAGCACAAGAUAACAGGACCAGACUCUCUGCAGACUCUAGGCCUUCCCGUCACACACAUUCAGGCAGCACUGCGCUUAAAGGAACACCAUGGCCACCAAACAUACUUCUUCAAAUCAGGAAGCUACUGGCGUUUAGAUUCCCAAGAGAAUAGAGUGGACACUGCCUUCCCACGCAACAUGCAACACGAGUGGUGGGGUAUUCCUGAAGAGAUUGAUGCUGCCUUCCAGGAUGCACAUGGCUAUGCGGUCUUUAUCAGCCGCCGGCAGUACUGGAAGUUUGACCCAGUUCAGCGCAAAGUUCUCGAAGGUUACCCGCGCUACGUUGGAGCAGACUUCUUUGGAUGUAGCGUACCAUAAACUCUCAGGAAACUUCUCUGUCUCUUGCACCAUGCUGCCACACUCUAAGCAUACAGUGUAAAUCAUUGGAUUGAUCAGUCAGCCACAUACAAACAUGCAU